AUGAAGCACUUUAGUUCGUUUUCCAUCUUCCUUAUUGCCACCUCAAUCAAUGUCGCUUUUUCACUUUUGAGUGACGCUGCGUACCAUGGCCCUUUCCCCAAGGUUCCCAAGGAUAUGGGUACAAUCCAACUCGGUGCUUUUAUUUUCGACAAUGCAGAGUUGUUAGACAUUACAGGCCCAAUGGAGAUUUUCGGUGCGCCUUUUAACAACCUUGACAUCAAGAUUAAUUUUAUCGGAACUUCUCUGAAGCCUGUCAAGACUGCACAAAGUGUGUUACUCACUCCCAAGUAUACUCUCAGCAAUGCACCCAAGAUGGACUUGUUCUUUAUCCCUGGAGGUCCCGGGAUUAUUCCUGUUAUGAACUCUACAAAGAUUAUGCGGCAGGUCACUAAGCGUGUCAAGGAAUCGACCUGGACAAUGACUGUCUGUGUUGGAUCUGCGGUGUUAGCCAAGACCGACCUCAUGGAUGGUUACAAUAUGACUACCAAUAAGAUGGAUUUCGAAUGGGUCGUAAAAAAUUCAGAAGAUGCGAAGGUCAACUGGAUUAAGCGAGCACGCUGGGUUCAAGAUGGGAAAUAUGUCACCUCUUCAGGAGUAUCUGCUGGCAUGGAUGCUGCUCUCUACAUACUCUCAGAGUUUACAAGCCUUGCGAAUGCACAGAAUGUUUCCAACUUUAUUGAAUACUCCUGGCAUAAAGAUGCGAAUGACGAUCCUUUUGCCGACCUGUACCCAUAUACUCGUUCUUGA